AACCUUAAUUAUUUCUCUCCUAAACAAACUUCAAUGGUGCUCUUCGGUCUCCUCCUCCUACCAAUCCUUCUCCUCCUCCUCUUCAUUGUUCGACCCCGCCCGGUUAACAUACCUAUUAAAAAGCGCCAUGUUUUCAUAACAGGCUGCUCAAUGGGCAUCGGUCUAGCCAUAGCCAAACAAGCUGCAUCGGAGGGAGCAGGCAUUUCCCUUCUGGUUCGCUCCCUGGACCAGCUCGAAAAGGCCAAGCAAUCGAUCCAUCAAGUGUACGAAGUUGAAGUCUCGAUCUUUUCUGCCGAUGUCCGUGACUAUGAUUCUGUCGAGUGUGCGAUAAACAAGGCCGGCCCCAUCGAUAUUCUAGUAGUUAACCAUGGGGUGUAUUAUUUGGAGGAGCUUGAGAAACAAGGCGUAGAUGUGGUGAAGAUAAUGGUAGACGUGAACUUGAUGGGAAGUUUCAACGUCAUUAAAGCUGCUUUGCCGUUGAUGAAGGAUAGAAAAGACAGGGGACCUGCCUCCAUUGCUCUUAUGUCUUCAAUGGCCUGCCAGGUGGGUACAUAUGGUUUUGCGGCUUAUUCAGCCACCAAAUUUGGGCUUUGAGGAUUAGCAGAAGCAUUGCAACAGGAAGUUUUGGCAAACAACAUUCAUCUCUCUAUAAUUUUCCAUCCCCUGUUGAAACUCCAGGUUACGAA